AUGUUUAAUUUCAUCAUUACAAAAAGAGAAGUUAUUGGAACUGAAAACAACACGCAAGUGACCAUGUUUGAGUUUUCUGGACUAUCUGACAAUAAAAAACUUGUCCCAUUCCUGUUCGUGUUCUUUUUACUGGUGUACAUGGUGACCAUAGUAGGAAAUGUGGGGAUGGUAGCCCUUGUCUACGCCUCCUCCAGCCUUCACACCCCGAUGUACUUCUUCCUGAGUAGCCUCUCUUUGGUGGACCUUUUUUACUCCUUGGUUGUCACUCCAAAUACAUUGUAUCACUUCCUUUCUCCUAAAAAGUCAAUUUCAUUUCUUGGUUGUGUCUUCCAACUUUACUUCUUUUGUGCACUGGCAAGCACUGAGACUCUUCUUCUCUCCACCAUGUCUUAUGACCGCUAUGUGGCUAUCUGCCACCCUCUCCACUACUCCUUGACAAUGACUAAAAAUAAAUGUUUUGGUUUGGUGUUCUAUCCUUUCAUUAUUUGUUUCAUGCAGUCCAUUGUACAUACCAGUUGUGUGUUCAGUCUUCCAUUCUGUGGAUCGAACCUGAUUGACCAUUUCUACUGUGACAUCCCACCGCUGCUCAAGCUGUCCUGCUCCAAUUCUCUGCAUUGUAACAUGGUGACUGGCAUCCUCGUGGCAGCCUAUGGAAUAUAUACAUUGAUGACAAUCUUCCUCUCGUACACUUUUAUAUUUCUUUCAAUUUUUAAGAUGACAUCAGCUAAGGGCAGGCAGAAGGCCUUCAGCACAUGCUCCUCACAUAUUAUUUGUGUCUUGUCCUUCUUCACAGCUGUUUUCUUCACCUAUCUUCGUCCUCAUUCAGAAGUCUUUGAGAUACAAAACAAAGUGACCUCUGUCUUCUUCACAGUAGUGACUCCAAUGCUGAAUCCUCUUAUCUACGGCCUGAGGAACCAAGAGGUGAAGCAGAUCCUUGCCCGAGCAAUACAAAAAUAA